AUGCAAUCAGCAUUGAUACCACCAUCUAUAUUAUUAUUAUUAUUAGUAUCAUUAUUCACCAAUUGUGCAGACGCCAAUCGCGACAAGAGACAAACUGGAAGUGGGCGUGUUGGCGAUGCAUGCGCCUUUAAUACUGACUGUCUUACUGGAAUGUUUUGUAAUGGAGGCCUGUGCUCCUGUCUCACAACCUACAUAGCAGCCGAGAGUUAUUGCUAUCAAAAAAUCGAUCCGGGUCAGCCGGGAUGCGUCUACAACGAGCAAUGCUCCUCCGUAUGGCCGGACGCCUUCUGCGACACGUCGGCCGGCGUCGGCACCUGUCGAUGCGGUGAGAACAAAGUGGAACGCGCUACUCGUGACGGACAUGUGUGUCUCGACGUGCUCGACGCCAACCAUAACACGCUGGCGAUCACGUGUCCGCUUCCCGAAGGCGCCGGCUACACGUCGGCGCUAUCGGAUCCGAAGCAUCCCCGACAGAAUGAUGGACCCGGGCCCGUCUUGUGUAACACCGAUAGCACCUCGACAGUGCAGAGCGACGACAAUCUUGGCGACGGCAACUCGGCGUGCAUGUUCCCAUCGAACGGUCAAUACAUUGCCGAUCAAUACGAUUGCGUCGAGUUCGUCUCGACAUUGGAUCUCACUUCAUCGGGCUACAGCGAGAAGGCCAACGGCAUUUGCUGUCCGAAUCGCGCGUUUACGUGCAUUCAGCCGACAGCGACUGGCCCGAAUCCGACCGAACCGCGCUGGUGGUACAACUCGAUCACCGGCAUGUGUCAGCAAUUCCUCUGGGAUCCGACGGCCGCCGGACCCGGCGAGCACUCGCCGAACAACUUCCGAACUGUGGAGCACUGCGAAAGCUUCUGUCGCGACACGUGCUCGCGUGGAGUCCCCGAAUACGUGCAACGCUCAUCAUUCCUCGAGCAGACGCCGAUCACCGGAUGUGCUCAGACGAGCUCGUGCGGUCACAAUUUUGAAUGCAAAUCGGUCGGCAGCACGCAAUGGUGUUGCCCGUCGGUGGCGUCGGUGUGCGGACCGAUCGGCGGACGACCGCUGGAUCCGUCGAUCAAUACACGCGGAAGCGUUUAUCACGCCGGUGCCGAGAAGCAAGGAACCGCGCCGUCGACGCGAUUCUACUACGAUCCGGCGACCGGCAAAUGCAGUCCGUUCACGUAUCUCGGAGCGGGCGGCAAUUAUAACAAUUUUCUGUCGAGAAUCGAUUGCGAAUUGUACUGCGCCAGGUUACAAUGCGAUCGCGGAAGUCCGCUGCGAAUCGGCGACGUCACCCAAUCAUGCGGAUCGAAUUCGGAUUGUCCAUCGUCGCACGAAUGCAAAAUGGAUCAGGCCGUGUGCUGUCCGAGAAUGCAAACCAUCUGCACCCAGCCGCUGCGAAUCGGCAAUUGCGAUCGAUCAGUCCGUCGUUACUGGUAUUCAGCAGCUACCAGGGAAUGCCAGUCCUUCGAGUACACUGGAUGUCAGGGCAACGACAACAAUUUCGAGACGCUGGUUGAUUGCCAGACGUUCUGCAGAAAUGCGGCGCCGGAGCCUCGAUGUCUUCAAGGCCAAGCCUACAAGGACAAUCAAGGCAAGUUCAUGGCGUGCUCGACGAAUCGGCAGGCGUCUUCAUGUCCAGCCAACUUCGAGUGCUACUUCGACGGCACAAUGCACGGCUGUUGUCCGACGAAAGCGUUCACGUGUUCGCUGUCGCCGAGUCCCGGCAAGACGUGCGGCCCAGGCGUCUCGUUCAAAUACUACUACAAUCCGCAGACUCAGGAAUGCGAGUCAUUCGAGUAUCUCGGCUGCGAUGGCAACUCGAACAAUUUCGCGUCGCGCGCCGAAUGCGAGAACUACUGUGGCGUUGGCGGAUGCGCCAAUGGCGGCGCGCCUUUGAGAGACAGCAGCGGAGCGCACCAAUCGUGCACGGAACGAGACGGCGGAUGUCCGAGCACCCACGAAUGUCAGGCUGUCAGUCUGGGACCCGAUCACACUUCGUACAGGUGCUGCCCCACCAAGACGUACAUCUGCGGACUGCCGCCGCAACAGGGCUCAUCGAUGUGCGCCGGCGGGCUGACGGUUGUCACUCGCUACUACUUCAACAUCGUCACCCGAAAGUGCUCGGCGUUCGUCUACAACGGCUGCGACGGCAAUCCGAACAAUUUCGCGUCGAUGAACCAGUGCAACAACUUCUGUAUGGCGUCGGCGUGCAACGCCGGCGACGUCGUCUACCUGAAUCCGAACACGGCGUUGCCGAUCUCGUGCAACGACGAACUCCAAAACAAUUGUCCGAAGAACUUCCAGUGCAUCUAUGACAGCCUGACCGAUCAGAGCGUCUGCUGCGGCGCCACCGAUAUGGGCGUGUGUCCGGACAAUGAGAAGGCCUACAUCAAUGCGAUGGACGGCACCGUUCGCGAGUGCCUCAUCAAUGAGCACAACUCGUGCCCCAAGGAUUAUCUGUGCCGGUUCAACGCGCUCAAGAAUCGCUAUUUCUGCUGCGGCUCGCUCACCAAAAGUAAUUACUGCCCGGUGGGUCGAGCACCGUACAAAGAGCAAACCAGCUUGCAACCGAUGCGAUGCACAAUGCACGCGGCGACCUCCUCGUGUCCCGACGGAUUCACGUGCCUCAGCGAUCUCAAGGACGCGCUGCAGGGCUAUUGUUGCUCGGUGUCGGAGAUUUGUCCGCAUCGCGAGGAGUACUUCAUCGACGAGUCGUCGGGAAUGCCGCGCAGCUGCACCAUCGGCCAUUUCGUCACGUGCCCGGCCGGCUUCAUGUGUAUGGCGCCGUUCGACGGCACCGUCGGAUAUUGCUGCAGAGGGCAGCCACAAAUGACGACCAGCGAUGGAUGUCCGCCCGGCGAGAUCGUCUACAUGGAGCGCAAUGAGGUGGUCACUUGCGAUCCGUUCAAUCCGCAGAAUCAAGGAUGCCCGACGACGUUCUCAUGCCAGUGGUCAGUGCGGACGCAAAGGUAUCAAUGCUGCGGUGCCGAUCCGCUUCCAACACCGCUGGAGAACGAUGGAUGCCCGACGCGUCAGAUCGCCUACACCGAUCCGGACACGAAGAAGCCGAAGAUAUGCACGUCGGCGAGCCACUCGUGUCCGGCCGGCUAUUUCUGCCAAUUCUCGAACCAGAACAAACAGUUCCAGUGUUGCGGAAUGCCCAGCGACUGUCCGGUGCAAAUGGUGGCGUUCAUCGGCAUCUCCGGCGAGGCGCAGGCGUGCUCGAUGAGCGGCGGCCAAGUGUGCCCGGAAGGCUUCUCGUGUGUGCGCGGCAAAAGCGGCUACGAACUGUGUUGCGCCGGCGGCGAGACUUGCGAAGCGUCUCAGGUGUCCGUCAACGGCGUCUGCAUGAAUCGUGUGCUCAUCGGCGAGACGUGCGAGGAGUCGCCGCAGUGCGUCGGCGGCGGAAUGUGCGUGGCCGCCAAGUGCGUCUGCCCGUCGGGCACCGUCGAGCAGAAGCAGCAAUGCGUCGAAGCGGCGAAACCAAUGCGUCGAUGCAGCGAGCGGCAAAUUCGCGUCGACGACGAAUGCCUCCCGCUGGUGACGCUCGGCAGAAGCUGUGUGCACUCGGCGCAAUGUCAGGGAAUGGGCAAAUGCAUCGACGGCGUGUGCGAUUGCGACGAUCAAUCGACGAGAAGGAAUGGGAGGUGCGAGAGGAAGAUGCCGCCGAAGAGCGUCAACCUCAUGAAGCACAUCCAGCCGGGCACCACUGGCGCGCCAGCGCCGCCUACAAUCACAGACCAGCCGAUCAACGAGGGAAUCUGCCCGUCGCCGAGGCUUCCGUACCUGUCGAACGGAAUCGCGCGGCCUUGCAUCAGCGGCCAGCCGUGUCCCGCAGGCUAUUCGUGCACGUGGAGCCCGCACGCGAGAAACUAUUUCUGCUGUUCGGCCAACAAGCUGACGAUGCGCACAUACGUGAUGAAGGACGUGUGCGACGGCGGCGAGGCGCUUCUGUUUCCGGCGACGAAGGCGCCGGUGUUGUGCACACGAUUCACCUCGUGCCCGCAAGGCUAUUUUUGUAGGCGAUCGCCGAAAACGCGUCAGACGCACUGCUGCAAGAAGCGACAACCGCUCAACAUGCAAAAAUAUAUCAUACAAAUCAAAGAGAUUACGAUGAAGAAACCGCCGCCGCCCAUCAAUUAUAUGCAUCCGGGACGACGCGCGAAGAAUCCGAAGAAGGCGGCGGUGAUGAAGAAGGGCCAAUGUCCGGCGCAUUUGGUGAUGCUCGAGCUUGAAGUUAAUCGCAAAAUUGUCAAGAGAUGUCAAUCCAAAUGCCCAAUGUCAAUGCGUCUUGUCAACGGCGUGUGUCGCAUUCAAAAGCGUCGGCCUUAA